AUGUAUUUAUUAUCAACAUUUGCUAGAACUUAUCCAAAAUUAACAAUUCUAUUAAUUCUCUAUUUAGUGUGUAUUGCUUAUUUUCUAUCACAACAAAACAAUACAGAUGAAGAAAAAAAAGAAUUUUUUGAAAAACAAAAUAAAGAAAUACUGCCAUCAUACAAACGGCCAUCAUUACCCAUUCAAUCUUAUUCAUUUUAUGAACCGCCUAGUCGAACAUUUCAAGUACCACCGUUUACGGUGCCAUAUGUUUUAACACAUGUGUGGAUACCACGUGAGCUUAAAAUUAUUGUAUUUGUACAAGGUAUUGAUGUGGUGACAAAUAUCGGUUAUUGUGUUGUUGGUCAUCAAACAUUAAAGCGAAUAUUACAACAAAAUUAUGUUUAUGAAUGUCUAUUUCAAUCACAUAGACAAGCACGAAGUUUAGAUAGUCAAUUAGUAACACUUAAAACUCAUGAAAAAAUUCUCUUACCAACACUGACAAAAUUUAGAUAUAGUCUACCAAAACCAAAACCCUUGACACCAAAACAUUUUCUAUGUGCAGUAACACAAAUUGUAAACAAAUCACUUGAUUUAGAAGAUUGGCUUAUUUAUCAUAAAAAACUUGGUAUUGAAUAUUUUUUUCUAUAUGAUAAUGAUAGUAAAGAUAAUACGACAGACAUUUUGAAAUUACCAACAUUUAAUGAAUACGUUCAAAUGUUCUAUUGGCCAUGGAUUAAAAGUCAAAAACACGCAUUUGUCCAUGCUAAAUUAUUAACCGAUAGUCUAUGCGAAUGGACAUUAUUUUUUGAUGUUGAUGAAUAUAUUUAUGUUCGACAAUGUUCAGCACUAAAUUGUUUAUCGAAACUUCUUACUAAUUUGACUCAAAAUGUAGGACAAAUAUGUUUUAAAAGUAAAGUAUUCGGUUCGUCAGGACAUAUUCGUCGUCCUGUCAAUGGGACCGUUGUUGAUAACUAUAUUCAUCGUUCGGAUGCACGACAUAUUUAUGAAAAACAUGGAAAAUGUGCUGUUAAAACACACUAUGCUAAAUUACAUUCGACUAUUCAUGAAUUUAUAAUGGAUAAAAGAUAUCAUACAACUGUAUUACAACCAACAGUAGCUUUGUUAAAUCAUUAUAAAUUGAAAAGUUGGGAAGAUUUUAUGCAAAAAUAUUUUAGACGAAAUAAUAUGCCCGAUUGGGCUAUACCAGCAAAUUUUAGUGUUAAUAAUCCGCCGUUAGAUUGGAAAUUUGGACAUCCGAAAGCAUAUGAAUUUAAUUUAACUACGAAAGAUACAGCAUUUAGAGAUUUUAGAAAAAAAUUUGAUAAGAUAUUGUUAUAA